AUGGAUCAAGCGAUACUGUACCAGGAGCGAUCGGGUACGAAUCUGGAAGAGUUUCUAGCUUUAGAGAAGCAUGUGACACUCCCAGAGUUGCAGCCAUGGUUGAAGGGUAGGCUGAACGACUACCAAGAAUUGAGAUCCAGGAUCGAUGCCGAUAUCACGUUUGUAUUUGUCUCCGGUAAGGCCUCACACGUCGAGAGCUGUGCAUAUGCUGAAGUUAGUGUAGGUGGCCCAGGUGUAGGCAAAGGCACGCAAUGCGCACUCGCCGUACAGGAGUUCGGUUUCCACCACAUAUCUGUUGGGGAUCUACUACGAAGGGAGACGACGUCCAAAGCGUCCCCGUAUGGACAUUUUAUUAAUGAGAGCAUGAAGAGUUCGGUACUUCUGCCCGCGCAAUUGACCACCUAUCUUCUCAAACAAGAGCUGCAUGCGGCGCAAGCGCGAGGGGAACGUCAGUUUCUUAUAGACGGGUUUCCCAGAAGCAUGGAUCAAGCAGCAAGCUUUGAGACCAAGAUUUCCAAUGUUUACUCGACGAUUUCUCUUCAUUGCUCCGAAGAAGCUAUGCGGAAGCGAUUGCAAGAACGGGCGAAGUCAUCCACUAGGAUCGAUGACGACCCGACAGUCAUCUCCCGGAGGCUUCACACCUUCGAGGAGAACAACGCACCCGUGCUGCAACACCUGCAACAACAUGGAACAAUUUACAAGAUCGAUUGCAGCGGCACUAUCGAAGACACGUACUCAUUAAUGCAGAGUGCGAUCCGACGGAUCCUCCAGCUGUAA